AUGGUCAUCGGUAAAGUAACGGUUGAAGAUCCAGAUGCUGACGACAAUGGACGACUGGAGCUCCGAGUCGCUUCAGACAUGAACAGGCUAUUCACUGUCUCGAAUGAUGGCGUUGUGGCUAUCAACGGCGACUUCACCGCUGCCCAUUUCGGUGAGCACCGACUGUUUAUCGUGGCACGGGAUCACGGAGAUCCUCCCAGGGAAUCAAAGGCCGAAGGAUAA